CACUGUCAUACCUUGCACACUCCUCUCCUGUGCAUACUGCCCACGGUCAUAUCUCCACACUCCUCUGCUGUACAUACUGUCCACUAUCAUACCCUCCACACUCCUCUCCUGUACAUACUGCCCACUAUCAUACCCUCCACACUCCUCUCCUGUACAUACUGCCCACUAUCAUACCCUCCACACUCCUCUCCUGUACAUACUGGCCACUGCCAUAUCUCCACACUUCUCUCCUGUACAUACUGCCCACUGCCAUACUCUCCACACUCCUCUCCUGUACAUACUGCCCACUGCCAUACUCUCCACACUCCUCCUCCUGUACAUACUGCCCACUGUCAUAUCCUCCACACUCCUCUCCUGUACAUACUGUCCACUGUCAUAUCUCCACACUCCUCUCCUGUACAUACUGCCCACUGUCAUAUCCACCACACUCCUCUCCUGUACGUACUGUCCACUGUCAUAUCCUCCACACUCCUCUCCUGUACGUAC